AUGCUUAUUAAAAAAAAAGACAACAAGCUGAUUGACUCGGAAACUGACAAGAAGUCUUUUGAAAGAGCUAGAGGCAUUCGUAUUCACAGAAAUGAAUACGAUCAUACGUUGGACAUACAUGACAAGCUCAAUAAAGAUAUUCUAAUAAAAACACAACAAAAUACAAUAAAAAGGUGUCAAUUGAAAAAAUUUUACAAGUGCUAUAUAUCUUCUUAUAUCAAAGGUUUGAAGAUAGACUGUAUUUAUGGUAUUAUUUAUGGCAUAAAGAUUAAGUGUUUGAUAAUUCGUACAAGACCCCGUACAGCACAUUUUUCCGUGGUAUUUGAUGUCUGGCUACUAUUAUAUUUAGGGGUUAGCAUUUAUCUUGGUAGCUUGCAACAUCAGAAUCAGAACCUGAAUCAAGUGGAGAAUAGUUUACUUCAAACAAGUUUGACGUAUAUCACAUUGUUUGCUAUUCCGGGUUUAUUAAUUUCAAGUGACAUAUAUAAUCAACCUUCGUUGUCAGUUAUACCUAUUAUACCCAAUCCAUUGUCUUUUGAAUAG